AUGGCAGGCGACCUCAUCGACGACCACGUGUCAGUCGCACAAUGCAAAAAAGCCGUCGACGCCCUACUCGCGCACGCGUCGAAGAAGCAGGCUGAGCAGGACGAGAGCUCGUUAUUGGGCGGAAAGGAGCAGCAUGUGUGGUUACAGGUUGCGGUGAAGAAGAUGCAUCCGGAGCAUAAGCUCAAGCCUUUUAAAAUCCCGGUCAAGCACCCACUCGUCGACCCGCGCGUGACGCCCGUAUGCCUCAUCACGAAGGACCCGCAACGGGAAUACAAAGACCUGCUCGAGUCGCACGGGAUCAAGUUUAUCAACCGCGUGGUCGGCAUCACGAAGCUGAAGGGCAAGUUCAAGCCGUUCGAGGCGCGGCGGAUGCUGUUGCAGGAGAACGGCCUGUUUCUGGCGGACGAGCGUGUCGUGCCGCUGUUGCCGGGGUUGUUGGGGAGGAAGUUCUUUGAUGCUAAGAAGCAACCGAUCCCUGUGAACCUCACGCGCAAAGGCCUCAAAGGCGAACUCGAACGCGCGAUCUCCUCCACCUACAUGCACCAAAACCAAGGCACAUGCACCUCCAUCAAAAUUGCCACCCUCACGCACACCCCCUCCCAAGUUCUGUCCAACCUCCAAACCGCACUCCCAGCCAUCGCGAAAGUGGUCAAGGGAGGAUGGGACAAUAUUCAGAGCCUGAAUAUCAAGACGUCGAGCUCGGCUGCGUUGCCGAUUUGGACGGUCGAGUUGGGCGAGAGUAGGUGGAAGGCUGGGGAGGAGAGGACGGAUGGGAGUGAUGUUGAGGAGGCGGAUGUGGAGAUGAAGGAGGUGGAGAAGAAGAAGGGGAAGAAGAGGGCGGCGGAGAGUGUGGAGGAGGAGGGGACGCCGGCGAAGAAGGUCAAGAGCGCAGACGGCAAGAAGGCGAAGGUUACAGCUGUGACUGAGUCCUCCCAAGAUGACUCAACACCCGCCAAGAAGAAACGCAAACAGGCCUCCGACUUUAUCGACUCCUCUCCCGCUCCCGCCCCUUCCACCUCUAUCUCCGCCAACGUGCCCGACAAGAAGAAAAAGAAGAAGUCUACCUCUACCGCCCCUGCGUCAGAGGUCCCUCCACCCGACACGCCAGCCGUAGCAUCAAUGGACGAAGCAGACGUCGAGUCUUCCGACCCGACGCUCGUCGAGCCUGUAUUGGCAAAGAAGGAGAAGAAGAAGAAGCGCAAGAGCGCCGCUGCUGAGGAGUCUCUCGUUGAAGCUGCUGCUGCUGUUGUCGAGGACGUACAGCCGCCGAGCAAAAAGUCGAAGAAGACUAAGGAGGGCAAAGAGAAAGACGUGAAGGAGAAGGAACCGGCCGAGCCGGCGCCUACCCCCGCGGCUCCGAUGACGCCCAAGGAGAAGAAGGAGAAGCGUGCGGCUGGGGGUGGGGAGAAGAAGAAGGAGAAGGUGUUGAAGGGGAAGAAGAGCGCUGCGAAGGAGGGUGUGCUUGGGAAGACUAAGUAG